CAGGACUGGCGGCGUGGUCUGUAGGCUGCCCCCUCAGCCGCCCGAGUGGCCAGAGGCAUGUCCGAGGAUGGGUCGAUGGUGUACCUGCCCCAGGAGGACAGGACCUGCGGCAUCUUCCCCCGUAAUACCUUCAGCCUCCUUAAGCCAAUCGUGCGUGACAUCCUCGCUGACAGACCCGGAAGGAUGACAGACAGUUAAAGCGGUUAAAACAAACGAGAGCGGGAGAAACACCACACUCGCCCCAUCUCAUCUCUCUCGUGCGUGUACUGAACUGCUCCCUGCCCUUGAGUCUUCGUGUCUUACAAAUCUACUCUAUAACCUACAAGACAAGCAGGCUGUUCCGUUAUGAAAGAUGGCCAACAGCAGCUGCUGCGCGGGCCGCGGCGCGUGGUGCGACUGUGCGUGUUCGCGCUGCUGCUGCCUGCCACCCUCAUCACCAUACCGCUGUACGUGCGCCUGAUGCUGUACCCGCCCGCCCACUACCCCAUGAUGCCCACCGACCAGCGGCUCCUCGCCCAUCACGCCUCCUCCUUCUGGUGCCAGGCCCAGUGGACCCACAUGAACGGCACCUACAACGCCUACGUGAGCAGCGAGACGCCGCCAGCCUCACCCACGCGCUCCGUGCACCACAUGCUCCACUCCACCACGCUGCAGGACGACAUCAAGGAGUACUGGGGCUUCCACCUGCUCAAGGGAUCCACCGUCACCAUCUCCACUUGCGCCAGCACGGACGGCGCUCAGCUGAUGAUCUUGCGCGGCGUGAACAAUCUCCACCGAUGUGCCUGGAUCGGCGAAGAGGACUCUGCUGAGGACAGGGAGGUGGAGGAAAACCCCAAGAAGGGCGUCUCGGAGCCUUUACCUCUGUCAACAGAAACGGACGGUGGCCUGAAACCGCCGCAGCCAAAGGAAAUUAGUAAUGACACUACCGAGGCGAGCUAUGAAGCGCGCGAUCCCGGCAUCAUGACCUCGGAGGAGCGACAGAAUGAACUGGAGCUGCUGCUGAGGAAGGCCAUCAGGAUGAGCAAAAACAACAAAGAGAUCCUUCGGCUGCUCCACCUGUUGCAGCGCUCCGACGACCGCACUCUGCCCCGGCACCUGCAGGAACGACUGGGCAUCAUCCCAGAGGAAGGCGAGAACGUCUCGGCGCCCCAUUCUGCGCAAGACCCUCCAAACAGGAAGCGUCGCGAGAUCCGGGAAGAUGCCCCCGCUGAAGAAUAUGGUGGCUCUGAGGUCUUUGACGAAGAUAACCCCAAGGCGGGGAGCCGCCCCAACGCAACGGGGGCCGAGUCCAACCCCGUGGAAAGCCUCAUCGGUGGUCAAGUAUUCUUCCCGGAGGGUUUGAGGUUCGAGCGGGGAAAGUUCAACCAGACCAACAAGAAUGACGGAUCCCAUGAGGAGCACGUGUCGUCGUACUCCAGCAGCGAGGAGGCGCUGGCCAGCUGUGAGGGCGUCAUCAUGACACUGCCCCUCGCCACUUACCGCGGCUGCAGCUUCCGAUGGACCGAUCGGAACAGAGUUGUCUACGACAUUCCAGUCACCGGCACAUAUUACUUCGUGUUCUCAAGCGACAACGAGAUCGCCGACAACAAUUUGUUCUUCAACUUGACGCUACAGCGCGUCACCUACGACACGAAGUCCGCCGAGCACCUGUGCACCAACACCAGCGAGUGCUCCUUGCCGCUGUCCUUCUGGUCCCGCCAACAAACGCUGGUGGAGGUGCCGGAGGAGAAGUCUUGGAACAGGGCCUACGUGCUGGACACCGCGUGCCAGCCCCGCGUGCCCGUCUUCUUUGCCUUCAUCCUCGCGGCGCCGCUGCUCAUCCUCCUCUGCGCCUUCCAAUAGCACAGGCCUUGCCCUCUGCCCCUGUCCCUCCCGUACCCUCGCACAAGUGCGCGAUCAGGCACGCGCACAUUCAUCCCCCCCCUCCGCCCCACAACGCUACAAAGUGGCAGAACAAAGCAAGAGCGAAGAUUUUGUUGUAUCACGAAAUUUCAUGUUAAUUACAUAUUGACCAUUUUUUACAACCAUAAAACAUUUACCCAUCAUGUUCAUCUUCAUCGUCACUAUCAGGGAGGCCAUCAGCUGAGCACUCAGACACUCAUCUCCUCUCCUCUGUAACCCACCUCAACUAAAACCCCUGACCUCUCUUUAUUACCCAGCCCCCUCCUCUCCCCUCCCCCCGGAUAGCCUGCCGUCUCCUUACACUCCUAAAUCCUGAUCAUUUUUACUUGUGCCUGUGUACUACCUCUUACCUCCUUCCUUCCCAUGCUUCCUCUUCUACCUAUCACUAAUCUCGCUUGUAUUUCGUUGUUGCUUCCUCCUCCUGUUCCACUACGCAUUACUCUUCACGAACAACACCCUCCUCUCUCUCCCUCCCUCCCUUCUGCUUCAGCUUCCCUCCCCUCUCCCCCUCCCUUCCUUUUUCAUCCCCCCCCCCCCUCCGUCCACUCCCUCUUCGUCUCCUCUCCCUCCUUGUUAUUAUCGCUCCUGGAUAACACGUCCUUGUAAGUAUUUUUCUCCCCUCAGACAACAAGGUUAUGACAUGGCUCCUCACGUUCUCUUCACCCUAUCACUCACUCACUCACUCACUCACUCAUCCAUCCCCCUCAUUCACUCACUCCCGCCAUCACCCUUCAUUCCCUCACUCGCCCAUCACUCACUCAUCCCUUCGUUUAUAUACUCGUUUUAUCUGUACAUGUGAAGAAAUAAAAGUAUAUAUUUCUUCCUGUUUUAAGGGAGUAUUGUAAAGUGGAGAGUUUUA